CAAUCGCUCACUGGUUCCGUCUGCAGCGAGUCGGCGAGCGAGUUUUUGCAGAGAUCGAGAGCCGGCGGAGAUCAGUUUUCAGCACCGGAGAAGACAAGAUGAACACCGACAUUACAGCUUCAACCAAGCCGGAGUACCCAGUAAUAGAUCGGAACCCUCCAUUCACCAAAGUCGUCGGCAAUUUCGACACUCUCGAUUACCUUCGUUUCGUCACCAUCACCGGCGUUUCCGUCACCGUCGGAUAUCUCUCCGGGAUUAAGCCGGGGAUUAGGGGGCCGUCAAUGGUGACCGGCGGCCUAAUUGGGCUGAUGGGAGGAUUCAUGUACGCGUAUCAGAACUCGGCCGGUCGGCUUAUGGGUUUUUUCCCCAACGAAGGCGAGGUAGCUCGUUACAAGAAAUAAGAUUAUGCAUUUUAGGGUUUUUUUUUCUCCCUCUUCUUUUUGCUUUGUGGUUCUGAAAUUUGAGUUCCAUUUGUGGACGGUUUCAUAAUGUUCAACUGAUUGCGACCGGUUGUGUCAAUAAUCAAAUUGUAACUUUAUUUUUCUUUUUCUGAGUUACUCAUUUUCGUUUAAAUGAAAAACUUUCAGACUUCACAUAA